GGUCUCUGGCCCCUCCCAAGGACCAUGCCGCAGCCCCACUGACCCAGGAGCAGGAGCCUGAGGGCAGGGAACCUGGAAUGGGCUGUGUGUUCUGCAAGAAGGUGGAGCCCGGGCCCAAGGAGGAUGCUGGCCUGGAAGGGAACUUCAGGGGCUACGGGGCAGCAGACGGCACAGCAGACCGCUAUGGCCCCGACCCCACUCUGGCCCGGCCUGCGUCCUCCUUUGCACACAUCCCCAACUACAGCAACUUGUCCCCUCAGCCCGCCAGCCCCGCCUUCCUCGAUGGUGGCACCAUCAGAGGCAUCUCAGGGACCGGGGUGACCCAGUUCAUUGCCCUGUAUGACUAUGAGGCCCGGACAGAGGAUGACCUCACCUUCACCAAGGGUGAGAAGUUCCACAUCCUGAACAACACUGAAGGUGACUGGUGGGAGGCUCGGUCCCUCAGCUCUGGACAAACUGGCUACAUUCCCAGCAACUAUGUGGCCCCUGCGGACUCCAUCCAGGCUGAAGAGUGAGUGGGGACUGGGGGAAGGCCAGCCCUGCAGGAGGAUCACUUGAGCCCAGGAAGUCCCCAGCCUUUCGGGCCUCUUCCAAAGCGAUCCUUCACCGCAGGCGCCUACUCCCUGUCCAUCCGUGAUUGGGACCAGACCAGAGGCGAUCACGUGAAGCAUUACAAGAUCCGCAAGCUGGACACGGGCGGUUACUACAUCACCACGCGGGCCCAGUUCGACUCGGUGCAGGAGCUGGUGCAGCACUACAUCGAGGUGAAUGACGGGCUGUGCCACCUGCUCACGGCGCCUUGCACCACCAUGAAGCCGCAGACGCUGGGCCUGGCCAAGGACGCCUGGGAGAUCAGCCGCAGCUCCAUCGCGCUCGAGCGCCGGCUGGGCACCGGCUGCUUCGGGGAUGUGUGGCUGGGCACGUGGAACGGCAGCACAAAAGUGGCAGUGAAGACUCUGAAGCCGGGCACCAUGUCCCCGAAGGCCUUCCUGGAGGAGGCGCAGGUCAUGAAGCUGCUGCGGCACGACAAGCUGGUGCAGCUGUAUGCCGUGGUGUCCGAAGAGCCCAUCUACAUCGUGACAGAGUUCAUGUGCCACGGUAGCUUGCUGGAGUUCCUCAAGGACCGGGAGGGUCAGGGUUUGAGCCUGCCCCAGUUGGUGGACAUGGCAGCCCAGGUAGCUGCGGGCAUGGCCUACAUGGAACGCAUGAACUAUAUCCACCGUGACCUGAGGGCAGCCAACAUCCUGGUGGGGGAGCGGCUGGUGUGCAAGAUCGCCGACUUCGGGCUGGCCCGCCUCAUCGAGGAUGACGAGUACAACCCCCAACAAGGGGCCAAGUUCCCCAUCAAGUGGACGGCCCCAGAGGCUGCCAUCUUUGGCAGAUUCACCAUCAAGUCAGAUGUGUGGUCCUUUGGGAUCUUGCUCACUGAACUCAUCAGCAAGGGCCGAGUCCCCUACCCAGGCAUGAAUAACCGGGAAGUGUUGGAACAGGUGGAGCACGGCUACCACAUGCCAUGCCCCCUAGGCUGCCCAGUGUCCCUGUAUGAGGUCAUGGAGCAGACCUGGCGUCUGGAUCCAGAGGAGAGGCCUACCUUCGAGUACCUGCAGUCCUUCCUGGAGGACUACUUCACCUCCACGGAACCACAGUACCAGCCUGGGGAUCAUACAUAGCCUGUUCAGACAUCAACCACAUCUCUGGCGGUGCCCACCAGCCUUUGCCAAUCCCCAGGGCUCUUGUCCCAAAGCCCUCAGGCUUAGAACCUUAUAGAGUCUUAGAAUGUCAGAGGAGUUGGGGUGCUCUGACACCAUCUAGGGCAACCCACUCAUUUUACAGAUGGGACAAAUGGAAGCUCAGAGCUCAUCCUUCACCCCCCUCCAGCCCCAAGCACUAGCUCUCCCCUUCUGACUUGGGCCCCUACAUGGCCACUAGCCUCUCUCUCCUCACCUCCUUCAAAUGCUCAGAUGUUGUCUAGUUAUUUAUAAAACUGUAUAUCUCUCCCCUCACCUAUCUCCCUACCCUCCUAUCAUCCUACUCUGGUCCAGGUGCCAAGAAUUUGCCUCCUAUUGUCAAUCUUUUGUGUCUGUGAGUUACAAAAACAGAAGGUCUUUGCUGGAGCCCUUUCCUGCUGGGUGGAUGCUGUGGUCCAAGACUGGGGCCAAGACACACGUUUGAGGGUGAGGGUUGCUGAGGGUUUGCCACCUCUCUCAAUAGUGUGUGUGUGUGUGUGUGUGUGUGUGUGUGUGUGUGUGUGUGUUUAUUGAUUUUAUAAAUAAGGAAAAUAACAAUAUGAAUCCUUGAGCCAUGAAAUUCCCUUGAACCUUCCUUUGGGAGGGAUGGUGGUCAAUGGGAGGUGAACAGGACAGGUGGGGCUAUUUCGAGCAGCAGGGGAAAUGAGAGAAUGCCCUGAUGCCUAGCAAGCACAGGGCACUCAAGGUGUGGAGUUUUAGGACUCCCAAAAGUCUCACUGCUCAUCCCCAUGUGAAUUGAAGAUGAGUUGAAAGGUACAUAGAGAAGACAGGCAAUUGGAGAUAUAUCAAAAUGUCCCUUUAUUGAUACUGAUAUAGCCUUCAAUCUGUGCACAAUGGUUUUGCUAAUUCUUUACCUGAUUUCAGCAGAUUUACCAUUCAUCGCAGUCACAACAGGACAACCUUAGGCCUCCCUCAACAGGGGCAGGCAAGAAGGCUACAGUGGACCCUCUACAGCUGUCAGAUUCCCCAAAAAAGGACAGAGGGAGGGGAGCAAAAGGGAGAGACUUGAAGGUUAGUUUAGCCUGUUGGAUCUUCCUAGAGGAGUUCUGCCCCCAAGGGAGCUUUUGGAGAGGUUUGGAGGCAGUUUUGUUUGUCACAAUGGCUGGGGGCUCCUACUGGCAUUUAGGGGGCCAGGAUCAGGGACGCCAAACAACCUACAAUGCACCUGUGCAAUGGCAAAUUGUCUGACCCCCACUCCCCCUUUGAGAAACUCUGGCAGCUGACAUGCCUCCAUGUGGAAACGAGGAGCAGAGAAUAAGGAUUCCCACCUCUCCUGCCGGGAAAUGUUUGUUGACCUUCUGACUUAAUAAGGGAAUGGACAGGGAAGGAGUCUGGGAGUCUGGGAUUCACUGCUGCAAUUGGUGAACAAUUACUAAGCAUGACUCUGUGAAGCAUUGACUCUUUGUUAAGCAGGACCUUGGGAACACAAACACGAAUAAGAUCCGUCCCUGCCCUGGAGGAGUUCAUAGACAGGCAGGGGAGAAAAAUAGUAGUGAUAGUAACUCAUUUAUUAUUAAGUGUCUGCUGAAUGUCAGAUGUGUUUACAUCCAUCUUUUCAUUUAAUCCAGUCUUGAGCCUAGUUCUAUGAUUAGCCCCAUUUGUAGAUGAGAAAACUGAGGAUCAGGGGUGAUAUGAUGUACCAAGGUCACAUAUCUGUAUGUGACAGAGCUGGGAUUUGAACCCAGGUCUUACACCAAAGCUCUUGGUCUUUCUACUAGACCUCGUUGCCUCUAGGCUCUGUCCUGUGUGUGUAUGUGUGUGUGUGUGAGAGAGAGAGGGAGAGAUCCUCCCUCCUCUAGUUAUUGGUAGAAAGAUUCCCUGGGACCCCACCCCCCAUGUUGAGUGGCCUAAAGGAAAGGGGGACAAGGUGGUCAGUGCAGAUUGAGAGUUCCCUGUACCCAGCCCCGUACUGGGGGCUGAUAAAUGGGAGAAAUAAUAUGGAGAGAGACCAAAUGGCUCUUUGGAAAGAUUGUCAUAGGGGUGGGAGCCUUAGCUCUGUCUGCACACUCUCAGUGGCUAAGGCUUCCUGAGGGCCAUAGUUUCUGCCCAAAAAAACUCACAAGAGCCUGAGGUAUAAGCCAGAGGCCAGUGUUUCUACCUGCCAAGGAGUAAGCAGAUAAGAGCACAGCCCUGGAGCUGUCCUGCCUGGUGUGAAUCCUGCUUCCACCACUCACUAGCUGUGUGAAGUUGUGCGAGUUAUUAAUCUCGCCAAGCCUCAAUUAACUCAUCUGCGAAAUAGCAAUAAAAUGCUCAAUACCUGUUAGCUCUCUUUGUCUCUACCAUUUACAAAUUGUUUAUUCUGUGCCAGGCAUCCUGCUA